AUGCGAAAUAAAUGUGGUCAGAACGGCAUUAAGUGGAAUUUUAAUCCACCUAGUGCACCGCAUUUCGGCGGUAUGCAAGAAGCCGGUGUGAAAUCGGUGAAACAUCACCUAAAACGCAUCCUCGGCGACUUCACUCCCACGAGCGAGGAAAUGCAGACAUUGCUCUGCAAGAUCGAAGCGAGUUUAAACUCGCGACCGAUCGCCGCUUUGAGUGAUUGUCCAGAGGAUUAUGCGCCUCUCACACCGGGCCACUUUUUGAUCGGAAGUCCAAUAAAUGCACUUCCGGUCGAAAACGAAAACAAGGAGACGGAGCCGACCCGGAGCCUGGACCCGGAAAUGGAGGCCCAGUUCGGGCGUCUCUUGCAGCUGGGAGAGGCCUUCCGGCCCCCAGCUACCCCAGCGACGGCCACAACGACCGAACCGGAGCCCAUGGAGGUUGGCGAUGCGAGGGAGGCCCUUCGGCAUCCACCAACCACGCCGACCUUCCGGCUUGACCUGGGGCAGGACGUGCUGGAGAUCCCGGUCCACGACGGGACGCCUAGUGGCCUGCGAUUUCCACGAGCCGGAGGCGCCGGCCACGGCGAGCAACCCCGUGGAGCCGCAGCCCUCGGCGGGACCGGAAGCCUCGACUCCAGGGCCGUCAACACGACCGGCGACUGGAAGGAGGGCACGCCGACGAAAUCGGGCGUCGCAGGGUCAAGGGGUCAGUCGCCCCAUUGA